AUGCAAGCACUUCGUAAGGGACAAGCCGACGCCCUUAUCCAGGCGAGCGAAUUCAAAAACGAGCUUGAUAUUGAGAAAGACAUGCACACUAAAACCAAAUCCGAGCUGUCUACUUCACAGCAAGAAGCAUCAACACUUCGUCAGGCAGAAGCCCACGCUCGUGCCCAAGCAGACGAAAUCGAAACAGCGCUUAAUAUUGAGAGACGAAUUAACACUCACACCGAAACCUACCUUGCUGAAGAAGCAACAUCCCUUCGUCACGCAGAAGCCGAUGCCCGUGCCCAAGCAGGCGAGCUCAAAAAGUCUCUUGAUAUUGAGAGACAAAUGCACACCAAAACUAAAUUCGAUCUCUCUGCUUCACGCCAAGAAGCAUCAGCACAUUUCGAGGGCAAAUCGCAAGCCAUCAAUGACCGGAGCAUGAUGAGAAGGAAGAUGAAAGAUAAGCAAGCCAUGCUUGAGGAGGAACUCACCAAGGCAAAGGAAACGGCCGCAACGGCUCGUCAGGGGCAAAUGAAAGCUGUUUCUGAGCUGAACAAAUCUAUGCGGCUUAACCAAGGAUCUGACCAGUCCACCGACACGCAGUUGGUCCAGAAGCUGGUUGAGCUCCGCAAUGACAUUCGCACUUGGUCGUUGACCUAUUUUAUCACUACAUCCGAGAACGCCUCUAAGCUGAGCAGGCACGACCUCAUGAAGAUCCUGGACAAGACGAAAGUUCAUUCCUUUACUCGCGAAAAUUUCUUUGAGAGAUCCCUGCAAGACCCAACAAUACGUCCAACAGUUGUUCGUUCGAUUCUCUGGAAAGUACUUCAGUGUGGAAUAUUCCGACAGUAUCUGUGGGUGAUGGGACCAUUUAUGAGCAGGUCGGUGAAAGACACCCACAACUUCCUUUCAUUCCACAUGGUCAAGAAGCACACCCAAGAUUCUAAUGAAAAAUCCCACAAGUUCAACAUUUGGCGGGCAAAUGGAAGUGCCAUGUUCUCUCAGGCACCGGACCCAGACCAGAAACGCACGAACAGAGAUCAAAUAAUCACCAAAUGGGUAGCAACAAUCAUAGUCUUGUUGAAACCCCUCUUUGCCAACCAAGAUCAGAAGGAUGUCGAGGACGAUUUAUAUCAAAUCAUAGAUCAGGCCUUGGCGUUGGAUGAAGAGCUUUGCCAACAGGUUGCAGAUGUCUCGGUUCAGUACCUAAGAGACUCAGCUGGCUUAGUAAAACUUCGCUUUGAUUCGGAUGCCAUGACUACGGAGAUUGGUAGCAAAGAUGCUACAGCAGGAGAUGCCGUCUCUGCAAUUCUCGCGCCUGCAUUGGUCAAGCGAGGCAACUCAGCCGGCAACCAGUUUGACAAACAGAUUUUGUUGGUGCCGAUGGAGGUUAUUUGCCAGCCUGCCGAGCCGAAACCAACUUCACGCGCAAAUCCAAUCCUAGUCCAAGACCCAACUCCCAGCCCAAAGGUUUAG